AUGACGAACUUCUUCUUCACUACAAGUCAAUCUGUUAAUUGGUCGUACUUUCAGUACGUGGAUGAUCUGCAGAGGAUCAAUGACUUCAAUUGGGCAGAAGAGGUGGUCAAGUUCUUCAUGAACUCUGUACACAAAGUAACUGCAAAGGCAAAGUCUGAGAAUCAACCUAUAGAAAAUGUUGUGGACUCCGUACAUGGAUGUGUUACCCUGUUACUGAUGUCGGCUAAGCCAUUGGCUGCAAAAAGAUACGAAACUCAAUUACUAGGACAAUUUCAAAAUGAAGAGGAAGAUGUGGAUGACAAUGAAGCUACCAAAGAGCAGGAAGAACAAACGGUUCAAAGGAGCGUACUAAUUAAAGCAAGAUCGAAGGGCAAAAGGAAGUUAGUGGAUGAGCCGGAGGGUGGUUCUUCUGACUCUGAUGAAGCAGAAGACUUGGGGGUGUAUAUGUCAGGUAAUGAGUUUGAUCAACACAAACACAGUGAAGCAGGUAAUGAGUUUGAUGCUGCUGGCAGUUCAAAAACACAAGUGACCAAUCUGAGCAGCAUAAUUGAGGGGCUUGAAUCUGAGAACAAGAUAUUGAGAGAACAAGUAUCAGAGCAGCAAAGUUCCAUUGAGAAACUUCAAGGUGAAAAUGUUACUCUCAUUGGUCAAAUAACCGCUCUCAAUGUUGACAUUGAUGAAAGAUUGUCGAAAGAGGAAGAAGCAGCUUUGAGAAACAAGAUUAAAAAUCUCGAAGAGACGAACAAAAUACAAGAACAAGAUCUGGCGAGGUUAAUUGAUAUACCAACUAACAGCCAGAUUGAGGCAUACUCAAGUGCAAGAUUGGAGAGACAAGUACAAGAACUGAAAACAAAACUCACUUCUGCAAUUGAGAAAAACACGUUGAAUGACCAUGAGAUAGCCACUCUUCGUGCACAAAACAACGUCCUAACCAAAGAGCGAGAUGCAUUUGUUUGUCAACCUAUAGAACCAAAUGAUGAUGUCAACAAAUCUCAAACCAACUCGGAUACAUCAUUUAGCAGCAUCCAAGAAUUACACUGCCAAGUUGUUGAAUUGAAGCAGGAAAAUGAAAAGUUGUGUGACGAAAAUAAGCAGUUAAAGACGAAAUUUGAGGAUAUGGAGCAGAAUCUGCAAGCUUUCAUUGAUUCGACCCUAAAAGAAGAGCAGAAGCCGAAUGAUGUUGAUACAGACUUUGCAGAUCCACAAGAAACAAUGCGGGACAUCGGAACAAAAAAAACAAGUGGUGUGCACAAAAGGACGCGCUCAAAACUGAAUCAAACUGAAAAUCAUAAUCGUAAAUCAACUGUUGCCGACAGGACACGGGGAAAACGUAAAGAGCCUGCACUCAACAACAACCAACCAGAGCCGGUCAAGAAAAAAAGACGAAAGGACUUUUCAUACCAAAAAGGGAUAUCUUCGACCUGCUAUCUAAUGAGGACAAAAUCAUUGUAG